AUGAAUCUCUCCUUGGUGAACUGCUCCUCUUGGAAAGCGGAGUCGCUGGUCAUUUCUUUGGGCUUUUCGGUCAUUUUCCUGCUCGGCACCGUGGGAAACUCUCUGGUCCUCGCGGUUCUGUUCCGUAACGGGCAGAUGAACACCAAAACCACCAACAUGUUCAUCUUCAACCUCGGGAUAGCAGAUCUGUGCUUUAUUGUUUUCUGCGUGCCCUUUCAGGCCACCAUCUAUACCCUGGAUGAGUGGGUUUUUGGUCCUGUGGUGUGUAAGGUGGUGCACUUCAUCAUUUUCCUCACCAUGUACGCGAGCAUCUUCACCCUGACAGCUGUUUCCCUGGACAGGUAUUUAGCUAUUUGCUACCCGCUCCGCUCUAGAGAGAUGAGAACCCCCAAGAACGCGAUCAUCUCCAUCUGCCUGGUCUGGGCCUUGGCGCUGGUUUUCUCUGGCCCGUAUCUCAGCUACUACUCACAGAUGGACCUGGCUGGCAAUGUGGUGUGUAUUCCUGACUGGGAGUCCAAGCCACGCAUCAUCAUGGACGUGUGCACUUUCGUCUUCGGCUACCUCAUUCCCGUCCUGGUGCUCGGCCUCACCUACGCCCGCACCAUCCGGUACCUGUGGACCAGCGUGGAUCCCGUGAAGGAGAUGUCCGAGUCGAGGCGGGCCAAACGUAAAGUCACCAAGAUGAUCAUCAUGGUGGCGGCCCUCUUCUGCCUCUGCUGGCUGCCCCAUCACGUGGUCAUCCUCUGCAUGUGGUUCAGAAGCUUCCCGCUCAACCACACCACCUACGUCCUGCGCAUCCUGUCCCACCUGGUGGCCUACACCAACUCCUGCCUCAACCCCAUCGUCUAUGCGCUCAUCUCCAAGCACUUUCGCAAAGGUUUCAGGAAGGUGUUCAGCUGCUCCCUGAGGAGGAGGGAGGUCAACAAGGUGCACGUGGUUCAGGCGGUGAACACGGUCAGCAGCCUGGAGACGUCCAACUGA